AUGCGGAGCCGCUUGCGGCCUCUCACCGAGGGAAACGUCGCAGGAAGGGCUGCAGCCACCCUCGCUGCAGCUGCGCCAGCAAACGCCUCUGCCGUCCAACGCUCACUGGCGGCUGGCAGUCCAGCCACAGCAGCAGCCACAGCAGCAGCCGUGGCAAGAGCUGCCUUGACUGCCGCUAGAGGACGGGGACCUCUGCGGCCGAAAGCGGCCGCUUUCGGAACGUCUCUCGCCUCCCCUGCGGCUUCCAGUGCGAGAACACCCAAGGGCCCCCGAGCGGCGUCUGCAGCAGGCCCUACGGGAGCUUCAGCGUCACGUGCACGAGGAUCUACGCGUCUACCCACGGCGCCAGCUCGUUCCUCGUCUUCCUCAGCAGCAGCUUCGUCUGGCCCGACGGGGCACCCCGCAGCGGAGAGCGGCAGUUGGCUCACACGCGCCAUUCAGUCCUUCGUGAAAUGCCGUGGUCGCCAGAGACAGAAGGUGCUCCAAAAGGAGCGUCGGAAGGAACGCAUAGUGCGACUGCCCCUCGGGGUGUCUGUAGCUCUAUGGGCGCCAAUUCCCAGCAGCAGCAGGCUGAAAAGGGACGUCCUGCUCAACACGGUGGCCGCUCUGCUGCUCUUUUCCGCUAGCGACGUGAUGGCUCAGCACCUGCAGCACACGCAAGCGCAUGCGCAGCAACAGACGCAGCAACAAGAGGCCUGCGCCGCAGAACAAGUGCCUCCAAGGCUUCGCAGCACCUUGAUGCAACUCGAUGGGGGCCGCACGCUAGCUGUCGGCUGUGAAGGCGUUUUUGUCAAUGCCCUUCUGCUGACGCCAAUGUAUCACAAGCUCGAGGCGAUGCUGGCCCAUAACAAGCCAUCGCUGAAGAGGAGCAGCAGCAGCAACCCGGCCGGUGCCGGCCGAUCGGGCGCUGCGUUAGCACAACGCAAUGUUGGUGCUGCUGUUAAGGUUGCGGCAGCAGCAGCCACAGCAACGGUGCAACAGCAGCGCAACAGCAGCAGGAUGCUGUGGCUCAUGAGUCUCUAUCAGGUACUGGCAGUGCAGAUCGUGGCGAUGCCGUUUAGCUCCUUCUCUUUCCUCUUUUUGACGCCCAUUCUCAGAUUCGCCUUCGCGCGGCUCCUGGAGCCUCAGCAGGAGGGCGAAGAAGAUGACUCGCUAGGAGCACACCGACCACAGCAGCAGCCACAGCCGCAGCCGCUGGCAGCUCUCCCCGCAGUUAGCGAGGGGCGCUGUGCGGGGAAGGAGGCUGAGUCUGAGCCUGGACCAAAAGUCGUUCAGCAGCAAGUCACAGAGCAGCAGCAGCAGCAGAGGUGUUGGGUGCGGACUCCUCCUCCGCAGAGUUUGUCUGCUGCCAUAUCCGAAGGGACGUCGGCCGUCUCUCUGCACUUCAAGGGGAUUUACGUCGCAAGCCUCGUGGUGUGGCCGCUUUCGGAUCUCAUAAAUUUCCGUUUUGUUCCGCUGGCAUUGCGCCCAGCAUGGGAUUCCCUUCUGGAUUUCGUUUGGGCUGUAUAUCUAUCGUACGCCGCACACUCCUCCCCCGCACACCUGCAGCAAGAAUUGGCUGCAUUGAAAGGUUCAGCUGCUGUUGUUGCUGCAAGGGAGUCGCCGCUCGGGCCCGUGUCCUAG